AUGGCAGGAUUAGAUUUCUCGGGAAUUCAACAGUUUGAUCCUCAUUCAGAGCCAAGUUUGCUGGCUUCGCAGUGGAAAGAAUGGCUGCAACGAUUCAAACGAUGUAUAGUCGCUUUUGACAUCAAAGACAAAGCAAGGAAACGAGCUCUAUUGUUAUACCUGGCCGGUCCAAAGGUGGAAACAAUAUUUGCCACGCUCUCUGAUACGGGAGAAGAGAACGACUUCGAUAAAGCCAUAGAGAACUUGACAGAGUAUUUCGCGCCGAAGAAAAACAUUCUAUACGAGCGACAUAUUUUUCGCCAAGUCAGCCAGCGAUCUGACGAAACACAAUUGACCAAUUCUGUACACGACUGAGACAUCGUGCCUCGACAUGCGAAUUCGAUAAUGUAGAGGACGAGAUUAAAACACAAAUCGUGGAAAACUGCAGGUCUAGUCGACUCAGAAGGAAAGCAUUUCGGGAUGACCCCAAGCUGGAUGAUUUGAUUAAAUACGCGAGAGCACUGGAAAUUUCUGAUCACCAUGCUGAAGAAAUGGAAAAGCAACACCGUCAGGAGGCUGUGUAUCAAAACACCAGACGAGAUUUUCCGCCAAGGGAUGUAGAAGGUAAACAAGCACAAACUUGUUAUAAUUGUGGAGGGACGUACCCCCACCAAGGCAGGCCCUGCCCCGCUGCAGGCAAGACCUGUCAUAAUUGCUCAAAAACUGGACAUUUCGGUCGAGUUUGUAAGUCUGAACAAAAACCAAUCUCUCGAAAACCUCGAAUGCCUCAGGACCAAUAUAAAUCGAAGGCAAACAAGUUGAAUGCUUUGAACCAAAAUCGGCAACAGCAACCACUCUCUACUGAGCCAACAGUACAAGGUGAACCGGAAGUAAGCGACAGUGAUAGCAAUGAGGAUAUAUUUGCUGUUUCAAGAGCCAAGAAAGUGAAGCAACCACCCAUGACAAAACUCAAAAUUAAUGGGGUGAAAGUAGAGUUUUUGAUUGACACCGGAGCUUCAGUGAACAUUUUGACACAAAAGGACUAUGAGUUUCUCUGUACAAAUUCAAAUGACCAAAUCUCUUUACGAAAAACUAAAACUAGAAUCUAUGCGUUUGGCUCUUCAGAACCAGUUGAGUUGAAAGGAAAGUUUGAAGUUCUAGUUGACUGAAAGCGUCGUGUUGCUGCCGCUACAUUUUAUGUCACAAAGGGAACUCAAGGCACUACUUCAAUUCUCGGUUGUGAGACGUCUACUAAUUUGCGUUUGAUUACCAUGAAUGUUAAUUCUGUGUCGAAAGUAUCGGCUGUCAAGUCGGACUCUGGAACUGAUACGAGUAGCUGUGAUUUGGAUGCGAGUAAAAGAAAAGAAAACCUAUUGAAAGGUAGGCACCCUAAUGUAUUUACAGGAAUUGGUAAACUAAAGGGGCAUGAACAAAAGAUUCACAUAAAUACCAAUGUACCCCCUGUUGCCCAAACGAACAGGCGUGUUCCAUUUCAUUUACGCAAACAGUUAGACACCUGGCUUGACGAUUACUUACAAAAAGAUAUAAUUGAGCCUGUAUCUGAUGAGAGCACUGACUGGGUGAGUGGACUAGUUCUUGCACCAAAACCCAGAAACCCCAAUGAAGUAAGAGUAUGCGGCGACUACCGCCAAGCAAACACAGCUAUAAAAAGAGAAAAACACCCAAUUCCUGCAGUUGACGAACUGAUGGAAAGUAUGAAUGGGGCAAUUAAAUACAGUAAGAUUGAUUUGAAGGCUGGGUAUCACCAAAUUCCCCUUGAGAAAAGUUCCAGGUCCAUUACUACAUUUAUUACGCAUCGUGGAUUGUUUCGCUAUAAACGAUUACCUUUCGGUAUCAACUCGGCCAGCGAGGUAUUUCAGCAUGCUAUCGAGAAUGCCAUUCGAGGGAUAGACGGAGUUCGUAACAUCGCGGAUGAUAUAAUUGUUUGGGGGUCAACACAACAGGAACAUAAUUUACGGUUAGAGCAGUUAUUUGCUCGCUUAGACGAGUCCGGCUUAACCGUAAAUAAUGACAAAUGUCUAUUUGAUCAGAGAGAACUUUGGUUCUAUGGCUUUCUCCUUACUGAUUCAGGCAUAAAAGUUGAUCCAAGGAAAGUUGAUGCAAUUAAGCAUGCUAAGGAACCAAAGGACACAAAAGAACUCCGUAGUUUCCUAGGGCUAGCAAAUUAUUGUUCCAGAUUCAUCAAGAACUUUUCAACUCUUACAUCCCCCUUGCGAGAACUUACUGUAGCCAAAACACCCUAUGCAUGGACACCUAGACACACAGCAGCAUUUGCUGCUAUUAAAGAAGCUAUACAGAAAGACUGUAUCAUGCAUUUUUAUGACCCAAAUCAGAAAACAUGUCUAACAGUCGAUGCAAGCCCCACAGGUCUUGGAGCAAUAUUGUCGAACAUUGACAGAGCAGGUAAUUUGCAUAAUGUAGCAUAUGCCAGUAGGUCACUCACUCUAACUGAACAACGGUAUUCACAAACCGAACGAGAGGCCUUAGCCGUUGUCUGGGGUUGCGAACGGUUUCACAUGUACCUAAUUGGUGCAGAAUUCACAAUUUGCACCGAUCACAAAGCCCUUGAGAUAAUGUAUUCACCCAAAUCCAAACCACCUGCUCGGAUUCAACGGUGGGCUCUUCGCUUACAACAAUACAAAUUUAAUAUAAUAUAUCGCAAAGGCGAAGGCAACCCUGCUGAUCUACUUUCUAGACAACCACUACCUGUAGUAUACACUGAACAUUGUGACAUUGCUGAACAAUAUAUCAAUUUUAUAGAGAAGAACACCAUCCCCAAGGCCAUGAGUAUCGAGUCCAUUAUUGCAGCAACUGCAGUUGAUCCAGAAAUGCAAUCAGCGAUUGAAUGUAUCCAAUCGGGUGUCUGGGCAAAGCAUCAUCCCUUUUAUGCAGUGAGAGAAGAACUCGCUGUCACACCAAACAGUCUCUUGCUCCGUGCAAAUAAGUUGAUCAUUCCAACAAGGCUUAGAAAUGAAACCAUGACACAUGCCCACAAAGGUCAUCAGGGCAUUGUCAAAACAAAACAAGCCCUGAGGACAAAAGUGUGGUGGCCGCGAAUUGACAAAGAUGCGGAAGAGUUUAUUAAGCAUUGUCACGCAUGCCAGUCUCUCGGGCAUGGUGAUCCGCCACCGCCUCUUCAACAACACAAAUUGCCCUCCAAACCAUGGGAUAGACUUCACAUGGAUUUUUGCGGUCCAUUUCCCAUGGGGGAAACACUUUUUGUUGUCAUUGAUUCAUAUUCAAAGUUCCCAGAAGUGGAAAUAAUGAAAUCCACUACUGCCAGCGCCGUCACGAAUCGCCUGGACAGAAUUUUCGCAGUUCAUGGCAUUCCCACUGAAAUCUACUCGGACAAUGGUCCACCGUUUGCUAGUGAUGCAGUGAAGAAAUUCAUGCGAAAUUGCGGAAUAAAUCACCGGCUUGUAACACCUUAUUGGCCACAGGCCAACGGGGAAGCCGAGUCGUUCAUGAAGCCCCUUGGUAAGGCUGUAAAAGCAGCGAAAAUGGAAGGAAAGGAUUGGAAAGAAGAGCUACAUGGUUUUCUGUUAGCUUACAGAACUACACCACACUGUACCACCGGGGUAACACCAAGUCAACUGUUGUUCAAUCGCGAAGUUCGUACGAACAUGCCAACUUUUGUAAAAGAGGGGGAUAUUGAUUACAAGAUUUUACACGAACAGGCUAAGAUAAAUACGUCAGAGAAGCAGUCGAAAGCGCAGCAGUAUACAGAUAAAAGACGACGAGCUCGGAAAGCAAACAUCGAAGUAGGAAUGAAAGUUUUGGUGAAACAAGAACGAAAAAACAAAUUUAGUACUGUUUUUGAUCCAACACCUUUGACUGUAACGAAAGUUAAUGGCACAAAGAUAACCGCAGCGAGACACGAUCUCACUACCACCAGAAACGUAUCGCAUUUCAAAAGAUUUUACUCGAAAGACGAAAGUGCUGAUGAACAGGAAUGCGACGACAGCGCUAGCGAUGUAACGGACGAUGAAGAUAAUAACGAACAGCCACAAGAUAUUCCACGAAGGUAUCCGGCAAGAGUACGAAGAAGACCUCGGUUCUUGCGCGAAGAAACUUAACUGUUAAAAUAUUGGUACUAUUGUUUAGGUUGACAUUUAAACCAGAACUAUUGAAUUUUGGUCAUAAUUUAGGUGCAUGAUUGUUUGCAUAAGUAUAUUUCAUAUUCUAAAGUAAAAGGGAGAUGUUGUGUUCUAGUAGCGGAAGUGCGUAUAGACGGAAGUGAACUGGUAGCAGGAUUCGGGGAAGAGGACUUACGGGGAAGGACAGACACAGAGACACGAGGCAUAGAUGAAGCGAUGUAUAUAUUUCAUAAUAGUUUCCUAUAAGUAUUAACGUUCACAUUACAUAUCUAUAUUGUUUCUUACAAUAUAACAUCAGGGAGAACUGCAAAAUAUUAUGAAGCAUCUAGAUUCAAUUUGCAUUUUCAGACAAAUUAAGACACAACCUCCACCCCCCCCCCCUACACACACACUAUAUAAUGGCUGAAUGGCAUAUUGAGUGUUCAUAUGUGAACAGCCAAAACAGGAUCAUCCAUGUUGACAUAUUUAAAACAGUUCAAAUAUAGUAAAUUUUGUAAAAUUGUGAUAUUUAUACUACGACAAAUAUACCUAUACCUACAGUAUUUAUUAUAAAUAUCAACACACAGUCACACACAGACUCACUCAUUUAAAAUCUACAUCUAUAAACACAGUACACAGAUCCCAAACAUUCCCUUGUGAAAUUACUGAAAUAGCUGACAAACCUUUUAAUUUCGACGGCUUUGAGGCUCAGUGAGUUUGAGUGAACCACCAAAGAUCGUAAAAUAUUUCCAUACAAUGCGACAUACAAUGUUCCAUUAAUACUCCCGCCAUAAUAUAACAAUUCGACCAUAAAAUUUAUCACUGACUGUUCUGAUUGCGGGCGAAAUGCAUCAGUCAAAAGCGCAUUAUUUUGAUCGCGGGCUAAACGCAUCAGUCAGCAUCCAUUUCCCAACGUUACGUAGGCAUGAAAACAAUGGUUUUCGUGACGUGUCGUUGGGAAAACUCGGCCAAAAGACUUGGGACCGAUGCGCCACUGAUGCACUUUUCUCACCAACGUGACGUAGUGAUGCACUGCCGGCCCCAACAUGACGUAGUGAUGCAUACACUGAGCUGUAAUGAUAGUGGAUGCAUCAAACUAAACACCGACAUAUGUGGCGAAAUAAAGUCGCGACACAAAAUCGUACAACUUGAUAAGUGCGAAAUUUGAUAUGCGUUUACGUUUUUCAUAAUAUUUUGCGAAAUAUAGCUUUGUUUACAUUCAUUCCUGUGAAAAUAUAUUGUUUUAAAGGACUUUGGAUCAAAGACAAACAAUAUUUAAAUAUAUUUUAAUAAAAUGUUGACAAUUCUCGUUCGUGUGAAAAUUUUGACUGAUGCAUUCGCAUCAGUUGCAUCAGUCUGGAUCCGCGCCUGAUGUUCAAUGACUAGUCUAAAAAAGACACUUUCUUCAGUAAAUAUUGUACUACUUGUUUUUCACAUACAGGAAAAUGUCUUAUGACUGCAUAUUGAAAUGUGGUAAACCGUGCAAGUCCUCUGACAUUAUUAGCCAAGCUAAGUGGGAAAGUUUACAAUCAAAAAGCAGUAACUAGUCAGGACUUGACAAAUUUGGCAGUGUUUAUGAGAUCACUUCGUGGAAGGAUGGGCGGAGGGAUCAUUAUAUCCAUCAGUCAUGUUAUAUCUCAAUCUCUUCUUCAGACAAGCUUGAAAAAGCCAGGCAGCGAAAAAGCAAAGAACAUGAGAUUGAUCAGUGCCCACUGUCAACAUCAAGUUCUGAAACACAGGCACAGAACGUCCAGUGUGAUGACGAGACAGAGGGACACCGGCACCCAAGCGCCUGCAUUCAUCUGUAUGUGGGCCUCUCCACGACAAAACGAAGUGCAUAGGGUGCAUGCGUGGUGAAGACUCGAAGCACCCAAAUAGAGCGAGAGGAAAGUUGUUUCGACUCAACACACAGUCAGCAUGGCAUUCAUUUAAACGCCACCCAUGUUUGUCUCUCAGAGACAAGGAGUCUGUUCUUUAGACAUGUGGACUCCAUCAUUUUUGCCAAUCGCGAGAUUCGUUCACUGCAGUCGCUUUUGGCCGACUACAAGCACAUCGUCAGUGAUUAUGGUUAUGCAGUGGGCGAUAUCAAGUCGUCGUAUCUCAAGGAUCUGCUUCUUAAUGAGUAUCAAGACACAAUUGGCUUCAAAGAGAGAAGUGAGAUGAACAAGAGCGUGUGGGUCUAUGAUGUUGGGGGAGGAGGUAACUACAUUGAAGCUGCCAUCUCAUCUUUUGGCAUCAGUGACGAGCAGCUUCUCCAAAACGUGGUACAGCGGCUCUCUAAGAAGAUUAAAGAUACAUCUGCUGUCCCCUGGCCACCUCGGAUCGAUCAUCUGGAAGAAGGAGAGGAACUAUGUGAGUUGUUGUUGAAACUAUUGACGUGGUUGAAACAGCCGAAAAGAAAAACAGUUGAUCUCAGUCCCUCCACACUCAGCCUGGCCUCUAUGAUAACCUAUCAUGUCACUGGACAACGUACCACUACUGUUAUCAACUUGGGAGUCAAUGUCCAUGGAAUGACGAGGAGUAAAGAAUUGGUAGAAACUCUGCACAAAAGUGGUGUCUGCAUCAGCUACGCCGACACGCUACUCCUUUAUGACCAUUGGGCUCUAAUGGAUGUUAAAGCAUCAACAACCUGUCCUCAGGAGAUCGCAUAUGGCAGGCCAGCAAUUGUGGUUGUCGACAACGACGACUUCAAAAUCGAUUCACUUACAGGCAACGCAACAGGAGCUCAUCGGACAAAUGUUAUGUUCGUGCAACCAGAAAAAUAUGAAGAGAAAUCCGAUACAAGGCAUACCAAGAAGGAAAUAUCUGAACAACUCAGUCAAAUGUGUGCAGAGCUGACCCACGUCCAUCAGUACAAGUGCCCCGCUGGUAGCAAAAGUGAGCCACCAGCUCGUCCUGUGAUAGAUAUGCCAGUUAAUGGCACAUCAAGGCAGCGCGCUCGCUCUGUGAUACACGCAAUGUCUCGUGCAGACAAUGACAGUACAAGACCAUCACCUCAUGAGCAGCAGGUUCCAGCAUACAGUGGUGCUCAGUCCUGUCGCCAUCCACCAGGCCACAAGAGCAAACCUUAUUACCACACAACCUACAACGAACCUCCAAGCAAGCCAGUUAUGCAUGACAUCAUGGUGAAACUAGUGAAGGCCAUGUGCGAGAAGAAUAUCCCAUUCUCCUUUCUCGUUGGCGAUAUGCCCACUUAUAAGACGAUUGUGCAACUUAAGGCGGAGAAUUCUGAACUGUUUAGGGACAUUAUCCCUAUUCUUGGCGCAUUUCACCAGCAGAUGUCCUACAUCAAUGCCAUAUACAAAAGAUUUAAGGGUUCUGGUAUGGCAGAAACUCUGGUUGCAGCAGAGGUGAUUGUGGAGGGUUCUGUUGACCAAGCACUUCGAGGGAAGCAUUACAGGCGGGGUGUGCGAUGCAUUGUACUCUGGAGAGAGAUUCUCAUCCAUCAACGACUGAGAGCGAUUCUUGAACAUCAGGAACUGUCAGCAGAUGUGAAGGAGAACCUUGACACUUUGCGAAAUGCAUUCACAGAGACACAAGAGGAUCUACAGAAAGCUCACAGUAAUCUUGAGGAUGAUGACGACAUCAAAGAAUUGAUUAACCAAGUCUAUAAGGAACCUGAUAUGGACAUGGGGGACUUUUGGGUCUCGUUCAUGGAGAUGUCAGACCCUCUUGUCCAGAAUAUCGAUGCAUGCCAUGCCAGAAAUGGAACUGAGUAUUUAUCAUCACCAUACGAUAUGUUGCCUUGGCUAAUGGCAUACGAUAACCAUGAGUAUGGGAGAUGGUUGCCAGAUUAUUGGGCUAUGCUCUCUUCACUACCAGAUGAGCAAAUGGCAUUCUUCAACGAUCACUUUGCGCAGUCCAUGACAGGACUACCUUACUCGUGUCAGCCGAUGUACCUUUGGAUUGAAACGACGAUGAAUCUAAACUCGAAGUUGAAGCAAGGUUGGCUACAGCUCCUGUUGAAUGAGAAGCAGUUGUUCUCUACCACAAGAAACGUAAACAACGUUGCAAGGGUGAAGGCUGCAGUAACUCGAAAUCUCAAGUGCCAUCGUCGCCAUAAGAAGCAUGUUGAAUGCCAACCAGCAAGGAUGAAGAAAGAUGAGCAAGCAGUUCAGGACAUCCAAGCAUGCAUGAAAGAUUUUGGUGCUGAUCCCUUCGACACCUCUUUACCUACAUUGAGGUCACUGCAAUCUGGCGUUAUUGCGUCACCUGAGUUGGUACACGACUUCACGACCGCAAUCCCAGACGCCCAAGCCCAGGUUGAAAUUCUGCUGCAGGAGUGA